AUGGAAAGUGAUGACAUAGUAGGAGGAGAUAAGCUAAUACUAAGAGGUCUGAAGUUCCAUGGGUUUCAUGGGGUGAAGCAGGAAGAGAGGUCACUGGGGCAGAAGUUUCUGAUCGAUGUAGAUGCCUGGAUGGACCUCCGAGCAGCUGGAAUCUCCGAUCAGCUGACUGACACCAUCAGCUACACUGAUAUCUACCGCAUUGUGAAAGAAGUUGUUGAAGGACCACCGCAGAAUCUGCUGGAGUUUGUGGCUCAAAAGAUUGCAACUAAAACUCUGACAAACUACCCUCGAAUCUCUGCUGUGCGGGUGAAAGUCGGGAAGCCUCAUGUUGCUGUACAUGGACCUCUAGAUUAUCUGGGGGUCGAGAUCCUCCGACGGCGUUGA